CAUGUUCGAGAAAAACCCAAGAAAAAAAAUAUUACUACUACGUAAAACAACAACACUCUCUUUGAAUUUUGAUUUUUUUUUCAUUUUCAAAAAAGAAAAAGAAAUCCAUUUUAGGUUUUCUGUUUCCAGACUGAAACUUCCUGUUUUCUUUUUAUUUAUUAUUAUUUACAGUGAGUGCCCAAUGGGGGAAAGGGUGAUGGUAGCAAGUUUGUCUGCAAGCUUCUCUCUCUCUCUCCCUCUCUCUAAGUUAAUUUGAUUUUGUAAACUGAAAGAAAAAUGUACAAAAUCAGGUAAAAAGAAAAAGGGUUGAGAGAAAAAAAAAAUUAAUAAACAGAAAACAAGGGAAAUCUGCUGAGGGAUGUUUUAUGUAUAUGUGUUAGUAUAACUACAUGACACCAAAUCAGAGAAGAACACCUUUGUUCACAAUCUGGCAUUUAAAAGCAAGAGAAAGAAACAGUAGCUGAGUUAGUUUUUUUCUUACUUUUUCUUUCUCCUCCUUCUCAAACUUCAACUCACCUUGAUUUUAGUUUGUCUUUUAGAUAUUUUUUUCCUUUUUAGGGCUUUCAUCAAUCAAUUCUACUCAAAAAUCUCAAUAAGCCCUUUUCUCAGCUUUUUCAGAUAAGAUUUCAGUGUGGGGUUGUUGUUAGAUUAUGGGUUUUCAAGAGAGGAGAUAGUAGAUGAUUUAUAGCUGAGAAAAAUAAAGAGGACUAGUUACUUGAAGCAAAAGAAGUAAAGAAAAAAAAAGGGGUUUUGCUUAGAGAUGGCUGCAUCUUCCUCGUUAGGACCUUUUGGAAUUAGAGAAGAGGACCAACAUCAGCAUUCUACAGCAGCACCAACUUCAGCUAUGGGGCCAGCUCCACCGCCGCCUCAGAGGAAAAAGAGAAACCAACCAGUCCUACCAAAUCCAGAUGUGGAAGUGAUAGCACUGUCUCCCAAGAGCCUAAUGGCAACAAACAGGUUUAUUUGUGAGGUAUGCAACAAAGGGUUCCAAAGGGAGCAAAACUUACAGCUUCACAGAAGAGGACAUAAUCUCCCUUGGAAGCUUAGACAGAAGACUACAAAAGAAGUGAAGAGGAAGGUUUACCUCUGCCCUGAACCCACUUGCGUCCACCAUGACCCGUCUAGGGCACUUGGUGAUCUUACAGGCAUCAAAAAGCAUUACUCGAGGAAACAUGGUGAGAAGAAAUGGAAGUGCGAGAAGUGUUCUAAGAGGUAUGCCGUGCAAUCUGACUGGAAAGCUCAUUCAAAGACCUGUGGAACUCGAGAGUACAGAUGUGACUGUGGUACUCUCUUCUCAAGGCGUGACAGUUUCAUCACACAUAGGGCAUUUUGUGAUGCACUGGCUCAGGAAAAUGCAAGGCAACCUCCUUCCUUCAACUCCAUUGGCAACCAUUUAUAUGGAAGUACUAGCAAUAUGAGCUUAGGGUUAUCUCAAGUGGGAACUCAAAUGUCAUCAGUACAAGACCAGACUAGUAAUAACAGUGGUGGCCGUGACAUUUUUAAACUUGGCGGUGUUGCCAGGAGUACCCAAUUUGAUCAUCUUUUGCUCUCUCCAUCAAUGGGAUCAUCAUCUUUUCGACCCCAACAAUCCAUGGUUUCUUCAGCUGCUUUCUUCAUGCCUGAGUCUAAUCAAGAGCAUCAUCCUCAACAAGGGAUUUUGGGAAACAACAAACAGUACCACCAGGGACUAAUGAUGCAGUUUCCAGAAGAUAUCCAAAACAACACAACCAACACUCCUUCACCACCCAGUUUCUUCAAUCUUAGCUUCCUUUCAAAUUGUGGAAACGGUACCAACCCGGACGCCAAUCUAACAUCAUCAGGUUUGCUGACCCCUGAACAUUUCGACAAUGAAACUGGAGGCGGUGGUGGUGGGACGAGCGAAGCCUCAGAUCCCUUCUCAAACACUGUAAUGGGAAACCAAAUCACCACUAACAUCCCUUCUGUCUUUGCUCAAAGCAAUAACAUUGCAGUCCAAAUGUCAGCUACCGCAUUGCUCCAAAAGGCUGCUCAAAUGGGUUCAACUUCAAGCUACAAAAACGCCUCUCUUAUGAGAAGCUUUGGUAACUCAAACUUUGGCGGCACAUUGGGAGAUAGCACCGGGAACAACCUACAUGAACUAAUGAAUUCCAUAGCCGGAGGUGGGUCCAAUACAUUUAGCUUUGGACAUGGACAAGAAAACCCAUAUGCAAAUAGAAGCAGCGUAGAACAAGAAAAGCAUGUAGAGCAGCAGCCGCAAAUUUUGAAUGUUAGUGGUGGUGGUGGGUCAGAUAGAUUGACCAGGGACUUCCUUGGAGUAGGGCAAAUAGUUAGAAGCAUGAGUAUGGGAGGGGUUUCACAAAGGGAGCAACAGCAACAACAAGAAGCGAUGGGGUUAAGCGCCUUGGGUUCAGAGAGAAGUAAUAUUACUGCGCCGACAAAUCACCAAUGUUUAGGAGGAAAUGGGAAUUUUCAGUGAAGAUCAAAGAAGAAAAAACAAGAAAAGGGGUAGGAAUAUGAAGAAAGUACAAAGUGCAGGUAAUGUUCCAUGGCAAGUCGUAAAGGCUACGGGGGGAGGGGGAUACAUGAUUAAACUCUGUAUUCUGUUUCUUUACUUCUUCUCUUCAACUGUUAAUUGGGAAUGAGUUUCCUCACCUACAUUAAUCUUUUUUCAUAUAUACUUUGAAUGCUCUCUAAAAUCUUUAAUCUUUUUAAAAUUAA